UUUACAUCACUGGUAAGAGGAGCAAAUCUUCUCAAAACUCAAAUUUUCUUAUUUCCUCAUCAAGCUGUCAAAAAUUUAACUUACAAAACACCAAUAAGUGAACAAUACUUUAUCACAUCGACCGCUGGUGUUAAAUAUUCGUUUGGCUACGUGAAAGAAGUCUACAAUACAAAAGAAGUACGCAUAUAGAGAACAAAGAAAUCAGCAAUGGAAACUGCGUCGCAACCAUUGCCUGUGGAGGAAAAGACAUCACCAGGAAAAACAAAUACUGAAGAUGCAAAGGAGCCUGUUGUUGAUAUGACUUUUACGAGAGAACUACGCCAGGCAACCAAAGAUGUACAUAAACUUAGUGACGUUCUAGUUAAUGCCAAGUUUGCUUUGGCCCUAUCUGACGAUGCUGUUUGGUACGAUGGUUUAUUGGCUUUCUAUGAAGUUUACAAAUACCUUGAAGAAAAUUUACCUGAAAACUUGCUUCCAAAAGAGCUUCAUCGAAAAGAAGCUUUUGAGCAGGAUUUGGCUUAUUUCCUAGGUAAGGAUUGGAAAGAAACUUACGAACCACGAGAGAGUGUUAAAAAGUAUCUCACUCAUUUGGAAGAGGUUAAUUCAAGAAAUAAAUUGCUUUUAUUCGCGUAUGCUUAUCAAAUGUAUAUGGCCCUAAUGUCCGGUGGUCAAUUGUUGCAAAGAAAGAGAAUGAUUAAGAGGAAACUAUGGAUUGGUAGACAAGAAGAAGAAGAGGAGAAGCUAGAACCAGCCAAUUCGAAUGCAGCAGAUGAUGACUUGGAGCACCGCCCAAUGCCAAGGCAAGUAACCAUUUGUCCAGAAGGAUGUGCUGCAACAUUUUUUCCGGAGAAAAUUAGUUUGUUGAAGAAUAAAUUGCGACAAGUGCUGAACGAUAACUUCGGAGCUUUUGACGAUGAACUGCGCGCGGAAUUUAUCGAGGAAAGCCGCAAUGUUUUUAUAUACAAUGGUGAUGUUGUUCGCUCCAUAAAGGGUGUGAACCGUGCGAACCUCAGAAAAUUAGCAAUUGUGUUAGUGUUUGUAAUGGGUGUUUAUUUUGCUUUAAAGCUCGCUAAGCGUUGAAGUGGAACAUAUUCACAGGCACACAAUUAACAAUAAAACAUAGAUACAAAUGUAGCUCGAUGUUGAUUUAUCUUACAUAAUAAAUACAUAUUAAAUCUUACAAUUAAA